UUGAUUUAAAUUAAUUUAGAAUUGAAAAAAAUGAAAACAUGGAGGUUUCUGAUUGUCUUUACAUUUGCUUCAAACGUUGACGUGAAGGCGGAAACACUAGAGGAGAAAAAAGCAGAAUGUUUAAUGUGGAGCCAUUUAGAGAACAAGACUUUACCCCUUCAGGAUGAUGGACAUGCAAACUGUACAACAAACCCAGACUGUACAGGGUUCAGCUGUAAAGGAAUGUUUAAAGGAUCUCCUGUUUCAUUUGGAAUGAAGGUUCAUCAAUGUCAGGAGCCCCCUGGUCUAGAAAUAUUUGGGAAUGCUCCACAAUUUUUGGAAACAAACUUCUCCCAUAUUUUCCAAGAUGGCGCCAAAUAUCAGGUUCCACCUGCAAUCCUAAAUCUUCAAGGUCUCUCAGGUAUCCCGGAACUUCCGUUUGGGAAUUCUCAAGUUCCAGGUGUAAACCUUUACUUUAAGGUUAAUCUGGCUCCAAACAAUGUGAAUGAGACCUUUAACACUCUCAAAAUUGGGCUUGAAAUUCAGGCCUGUGUAAACCAUAGCGCUAUGGGCUUAAACGCAAAUGUGCGUAGCAGCAAAGCACUAGAUGGAGGAGAAGUUUGUAUCUUAAAUAAACCUCUGUUCGAUGAUGCCAUCAUUCCUGUUCCUCAUUGCAUUCAAAAAUAUCCAGCUCAGCCGAUUGUGGGAGAUCCUUGCAAUGUAAACGAUCUUUUUGCUUGCGGGGAGCAUCAAACCUGUACACAAAGUACCACAGAGGAUCCUGAAGGAGUUUGUGAAUGUUUGUCAGAAUUUGAAUUAAAUGCUGAUAAAAGCUGCGGUUCAAGAACAUCAACGCCUAUCCCUCAAACCCUCAAUAGCAACAUCGAGUUCCAGCCUCACAUCGCGGAAAAUGCGUCUAGUCAUACUGCCGUUGCGGCUGGAGUGGUGUCAGUUCUCAUCAUUAUUGCACUUAUCGCAAUUGCCGCGUUUUUUAUUAAUCGUCAUAGACUGAUUCCCCGGCUACGCGCAAAGCUGAAGAAUACCCCGUAUGAGGAUAUUGUGGUUAAUAGUUCUAGUCGUCUUCCAUGAAAAUCCCCCAAUCAUUCUACCUGAGCUGAAAACAUUAGAAUUGGAUACCUUUAACUAAUCCCAAUCGCUUAAUCUGAAUAUCCAAUGCGGACACUUUUAAUUUCCUUUUUAUUCAAUUUGCGCUCUUUACCUCGGCUUUUCUGAUUGGCUGUUAUGUUUCGAUUGGUUGUGUAUCUAACUCAAGUUGAGUUAUUAACACUUUUGUUGAUACAAACAUAAGAUUAAAAUAAUCUUAAAAUUAACAAAAAGAGAAGAUCAAGCAUGGAUCUUAAUAUCCACAAUUCAAAAGUUUUCAACUCUGAUCAUAUAUAAUUUUUUACCUCUUCAUCUCAUAUUUUUCACAUUUUUUUCAGAAAUCUCUUUGACUUGCAGACCCACUUGUUUUGCAAAUUAAUGUCCAGUGUUAUUGUUUGCAAGAUUUGCAUAUAUAUAUUUGCAAUUUUAGAAGAUAUGUUAAUGGUCUUUAAAGUUUGUAAAUAUUUGUAGAAAUUUGUAACAAAAAAAUUGUCUUUCACAUAUCUUGGCGAUUUUUCUGCUUUCAAGUAUAAUUUAAAUUCAUGUAAAUUGAUAAAAUUGUUAUGAAUAAAUAAGUUAAUUUUUAA